UUUUCUUAAUUUGCAGAAAUUCGAAAACAAAAACAUCUUCAAAAAAUGUGCGAUCCAUGCCAUCCUUGUUGGCGGUCUUGCGGACCAUGUGGGCCCUGCGGACCGUGCGGUAGCCCCUGUUCGCCCUGUGGGCCGUGUAAUCCGUGCGGACCUUGCCGCCCCUGUUGUAUACCGAAUUGUGGACCAUGUGGUUUGACAAUGCCUUCGGGACCAUAUGUACCACCGCCAUGUAAUCCGUGCAGCAUUGGUGCCGGGCCCAGUGGACCGUGCGGUUCCUGCAGACCUUGUAUGCCGGGAUGCCCCUACGAAGCGCCUGAGUGUGGCACCUGCUAUCCAUGCGCGCCGACACCGUGGAAUACUCAGUGCGGUCCAUGCGGGCCGUGCGGUCCACAAGUGCCGUGCGCACCAUGUGGACCAUGUCCACCUUGCAAUCCUUGUGGCCCGUCGUGUUAA